AUGAAACGUGUCAAUGAGAUAGAUAAUUCAUUGAUGGAUAUCAGUAAUAGUAGUAAAUCAUCAACUUCAUCAACAUCAUCAACAUCAUUUUUCAACAAUCCAAAGAGAAUGACAUUACUCAUUAGAGAAAAGAGACAACUUGCUCAAGAUGUAUAUCAACUACUAUCACCUGAACAUGGAGAACCACUUAAAGUGUACCUAGAUAUC